AUGGGAAUUUAUAUCACCGACCUCACAGAGGCAGACAUUCCCGGGGCAGUGGAGGCAGUACAGCAAGCCUUUGUUGGAGAUCCUUAUAACGUGUGGGUUUAUGACCAAGCGAAACGGAACUUUGAAUCUCUCGCCAUUCGAAUGAGGUGGGGAAUGCGCAAUGGAAUCUUUCACGUUGCCAAAGAAGAAAACAGUGAUAAAGUGCUCGGCGUAGCGAUGUGGCUACGUCCCCAACCAGCAGAUCAGCCGCCAACAUGGAAUGACUGGUUCGAGAGCUGGAAACUUUACUUUGGACAAGUACGCAUGAAUCUGUGGUAUGGUCGAGGAGGAUUGAAUGUCAAGCGUUAUUACAUCUGGAAGGAUGCCCAAGCCAGUGCCCAAUCAGCCCUGUGGAAGGACCCUCGUGGUUACUACUUUUUAAAUAUCAUGGUUGUUGUCCCUGAGGCUCAAGGCAAAGGAGUCGGUGCCAAAUUGAUGAAAGCCGUCACUGACGAGGCUGACGCCAAAGACAUGAGAUGCUACUUGGAGUCAAGCCGCGACGUCCCCAACGUCGCCAUUUACGGGCGUCUAGGGUUCAAGUUCCAAAAGGAAAUGAUUUGUGAUGAUGAUGGCGAUGCGAUCAAGUUAUUCACGAUGAUAAGGGAACCCCAUGCUGAGCCAUCCAGCGGGAGAUAG